AAAGAAUAAUAAUAUCCUGCUAGUUUAGUGUUUAGUGUUUACGAAAAGAAAGAGAUAAAUUCUUUUCGCGAUAAAUACUAAAAUCAUGUGAUUCUAAACUACCUUUCACGUCAUUUCUCCCAUUGGUAUAACUAUCUCGAGGAUUUUGCACGUGUGCGCACACUGGCAAAUCAGCAUGGCACUGUGCAUUUAAAAAUUCUGCAGGCUCUGAUUUCUGGAAUUUGUGAGAAAAAUUUAAAAUGACAACUACGGCCACGGCUUUUAGUAGCAGCGAGACCGAGGUUUUGACAAGAAGUGUCGAAGUCGACGAUGAAAUUGAACAAACGCCAAAAGCCCUCGUACCCGAGAAGUAUGAUUUGCAAAAAUGCGUUGAUUGGAUCCAAAAGCGGCAAGUUGAAAGGGUUUGUUUGCAAUUUCCCGACCGUCUUUUGCCGGAUGCCUUUGAUGUAGCAAUGUAUUUAGAAGAAAAAUUGGGUCGAAAAGUGUACGUAUUAGGAGAUACGUCAUACGGAAGUUGUUGCAUAGACGAAAUUACUGCUGAACACAUUGGAGCAAAUGCCAUAAUACAUUUUGGACAUGCUUGUCUAAAUCCCACAGUUCGAUUGCCGAUCUACCAUGUUUUGCCGAAAAACGAAAUAGAUUCAGAAGCGUUUUGCAAAGAGUUUGAGCAAUACUUUCAUCAGGAUCCCACGAGGGCGUUGCUCUUCUUUUAUGAUGUUUCAUUCGCCCACAGUAUUGAGACAAUCUACGAGACUCUUAAGCCCAAAUUCAAGAAUCUAAUUCUCACGAGACUGAAUUGCAUCUCGAAUGUGGAAUACACAGACGUUAAAGACGACGCAAGUACCGCGGUACUAGGCAGAAGUUACGUCCUCGAAAAUGGUUGUCAAACUCAAGAAUAUGAAAUGUUCUUCCUGGGGCCCAGUGGUAAAACCCUGUCAAAUUUAGCAAUGACGAUACCCGCCAAAAGCUGGUAUUAUUCCGAUGGUGGAGGAAUAAAAAAAUUCGAGGCUGUAAAUACACCUUGGCUGAAGCGCAGAAGAUUUUUGGUUGAAAAGCUCAAAGACGCGAAAGUCGUCGCGAUCGUUGUUGCUACCUUAGGAAUUAAAAACUACUUAAGCAUAAUUAAGACUCUCAAGAGCACGCUGAAGAAGGUGAACAAAAAAACUUAUAUGCUAAGUGUUGGGAAAAUAAAUCCAGCGAAGCUUGCCAACUUUCCUGAGAUGGAUGUAUUUGUGGUGAUAUCGUGUCCUGAAAGUGAAAUCUUCGACUCGAGAGACUUCUUAAAGCCGCUCUUGUUACCUUUCGAAGUGGAUUUAGCUUUUAACAGUUCGCGUGAAUUUUCGCAAAACUACUGUAUGGACUUUAGUCAAAUACUCCCCGGCGGAGCGAGUUACGUCGACUUUAAAGCCUCGACCGAACCGGAUGUUUCCCUAAUAUCGGGAGAUCUUCGAGGCUCGAAAGAAGACGCACCUUUAGUCACGGAAAUGAACGCCCUGGCUUGCAAAGCUGACGGAACAGUUGCUAUCGGAAAAGCUGGCGCCCGCUUCCUCCACGAAAGAAGUUGGAAAGGUCUCGAGCAAAAAUUAGGACAGAGUGAGAUCAAGCCGGCGGAAAAAGGGCGUAAAGGAACUUCCCUCGGCUAUGAAAACGAACCAAUCUGUAAAGAAACGUAAGCUUUUAUUUAUAAUUGUACAAUUAAAACAGCUAUUAAAAAAAAAACAUUAAUUUAAGAAAAGAAAAAAUCAACAAACUUUAUCCUGACUUUUACAAACUCAAGUCUAGGAUUCACGAGCGAUCGAUUUAAUCGCCUAGAAUAUUCUUCGAGAAAGAAUAUGCAGCACUACUUAAAAUAUAAGAUACAGAGAUGAUCGAGACUCAUUGAUUCACCUCAAUAAGAGAAAAAAAAAAAAAGUUUAUACAUUUUCAGAUCUACCUUAGGCUAGAUUAAGUAGGUCUGCCAGAAGAGUAUAAUUAAAACUAUGACUUGAAAACGUUCAAAACGUUCGCUUAAACAUAAUUUAAAUUAAUGUCCAUAGUAUACAAAUGUGAGAAAGGGGCUGCUGUAGAUGAUACAAUGGCACAACUUGAAAUGGAUUGAUUAGCAAAAUCGAGACUUUGUUUUUAAUUGGUUAUCGGAAACGUACCCUUUUAACCAGCUGGUUGUUCCGAGAAGAAGUAUCGUGUAUAUAAAUUCUUGCUCAGCUGAUUUGAAUUCCCGUUAGUUUCACAGAGGCUUUCCAAUAUGGAAGACGCAAUUAUUACACCAAUACGUAUAAAGAUUCAACAAAAUAAAUUUUUGAAUAUAACUAAUGAA